UCACAUCUCUGCGUAAGUCAACUGCUAGGAAAACAUGAAGCAGCUCCUGUUUUUAACAUUCUUUCUAUAUGUCCACGGAACAUUGGCAAUUAAUUGUGAUGUCGAACCAAAAACUACAGAAGCAGUACUCCGAAAAAAACUCCUCUGCUCUAAAUACGAUAAAUCGGAACGACCAGUGAAGAAUCAUACCAUUCCAGUGCUCGUAGACAUGCAUAUGAUUAUGCAAAAUUUUAACUUUGAAGACAACCUUCAAAAAUUGUACAUCAACGUGUGGCUAUUGCUGCUUUGGAAGGAUGAAUAUUUAAAUUGGAAUCCAAUGGAGUACGAUGGCAUCAUAGAACUCAUCAUAGAAUCUGACGAUAUCUGGGUUCCCGACAUGCUCCCGUAUUCGGCUUAUUACAGCAACAACCUAGAUACCGCAUGCACUACACCAAAGUGUCUGCUGGAGAGUACCGGGAAGAUAAAGUGUGUCCCUGCCUGCGAGUACCACACGCUGUGUCGAUCGGAUUACACCAAUUGGCCGUUCGAUCGGCAAAACUGUAGUAUCCGCUUCGGAAUGUGGGCGGAACAUUCGAAGGAGAUUGACUUCGUCGCAAACGAAACGUCAUUCGCUUCAGAGGAAACCAACAGUCACAACGAGUGGAAAAUUCUUUCCAUGAGUGUGCAAAAAUACGAUUCACCACUACCGGAGAAAAACACUACCUAUCCAUCAUUGAUCUACAACUACAUCCUGGAACGACACUCCGGAUCGCAUUGUGCAGUCGUACUAACACCUGCUUUUGUAAUGGUUGCCAUAAAUUUGAUAGCGCUUUGGUUGAAAUGUUACUCUUUGGAUCGAAUGCUCCUGCUUGGAGCGAACCUUUUUAUACAUUUUCUGUUCAUCGAAAAUCUUUACUGGAUGAUUCCCUAUAAUGGAUCGACAACGCCCUCUUUUUUACUUUUCUUCCGAGACUCCCUAGUACUCACAUCAUGCAUCUUGUACGCGACAGUUUUUCUCAAAUACGUGUUCUUCAGUGACAAGGAAGCACCACUGGCUAUCAGGGGUUUACUAGUAUCCAUAGCCAGUAACCGCUUGGCACAGAAGCUUUUCAGUGCAGACACGGAUGAAGACGAUAGUAGUCACAAUGCGAUAGAAAAUGACCGUGCCAAUGAGCGUUCCGCUGAGGAAAUAACCGAAGAUACUGUAAUUUUGGUUGAUGGCAAUCCGAACGAGCCGGAAAAAAUUAACGGGACGAGAAAGCUGUGUAGAAUGGUAGCAGUAGUGUGCGAUAAACUUCUCUUUGUGGGAAUAACUAAUACAGGACUCAAUGCGGAAGUUUUUCGCGGUAGCGAUGAAACAGCUCGAAGCUCAGAACUCGUACUGAAACGGGUUUGCUCUGACGAAGUGAAAAUGUUAACUUCCCUGAUGGCAAUCCCAAUGGCGGUCAACAGGUUAAGAGACUUGGAUAGACGGCUCGCAAAAGAUCUGGAGCUGCGCAGAAGGCUGAACGAACAAAUCGAAAGCUUCGAACAGAAAGAAUAUGUCCGUAAGGUGUCAGUGGAUGAACUGAAGAACAUCAACCCGCAACGAGCGUUGUAUCUCCGGCUAGAGAUAGUGUCAAUGUCAAUUCCUAAGAAACCGGAUAAAAUUCGAAUGGUUUGGGAUGCCACAGCGAAAGCUGGAGGUGUAUCAUUUAACGAUAUGCUGCUGAAAGGUCCGCAUCCCCUCGUUCCGCUUAUAGAAGUUCUGCUGCAGUUUAGGGAAAGCAUUAUCGACGUCAGAGCCUAUCCGGACUCCAACAUUAAUUCGGAUCACUACAUACGAUACCGGCGCCUACCACAGUAUGAUCUAGCGCGACUGGAGCAAGCGGGUAUCGCCGAAACUACGCGUUAUCUCUCGUAA